AUGCAGUUCAAGCUCUUCACAGCCGCUAUCGCCGCCAUGGCAGUCGGAGGCGCCGUAGCAAGCCCAGUUCCAGACGUCGAGGCUCGUGACCUCAGAUUGGAGCUUGACACUCAGCACAAGCAGUUCAAUGACCGCUUGAACGACAUUCGAAAGUCGCAGCAAGCCCAGGGCUGGAGUGUCCCCAACUCGUCCCAAAUUACUCGAAUCAAGCAGCAAGUCCAGGGUGCUCAUAGAUGGAGUUCCAACCAGCGAUCUCAGUUUUGGCCAUACACCUACUACAACAACUACUAUGACUCCGACCUCUACAACUCUUACCGUAGCUACUAUAUUCUGUACUCCAACCUGUACAACAACUGCUACUACGGCCAGGACUACUGCAAGAACUAUUACAAGUGGUAG